AUGACCAAGCCAUCUUGGGAAGUCGAUCACGUGAUCGUUCCAGCCAUAUCAUCUCCAAAGAGGAUGAUCACCAUGAAGAUAGAGAGACGGAAUACAUGUCAGACGGAAAUUGUGAUAUCCGUUGAUAUGAAUAGGGCAGGUAAUGGCCACUUGGACUAUGCAACAAAUAAAAAUAUGGAAUACUUUCUUUUGUACCACGAGAUUGAUUAUGAUUCAGCGAUAGAGAUUAUCGAGGCCACUUCCAAAUAUGUCGCGGACAAUUUUCCGGCAGUGCCUAAUCCCGCGGGAACGGAUCUUACUAUAAUUGUUAAGAUAACUGAUUUUAAUGAAGACGCUUUCCGCAGAAUCGAUCUCGACGUCUACAUGAUCGAGCUCGGCGAAAACCGAAGAGGACCCAUCCCCAGUGAAGAGUAUGAUGAAUGCUCGGUUUGCUUUGAAGAGUUCGGGACUGGUGGAGAGCUUAACACUUUAGUUUGUGGACAUUCUUUCCAUCAUCACUGCGUUUUGGAAUGGGUUCAAAACAACUUGACAUGUCCAUGUUGUAGGGUAGGACUUGCUUAG